AUGGAUGAUCUGGAUGGGUCACAAGUCGGGCUAGGGGUGGAUCUCAGGUGGGAUGAAAGUGGUUGUAUCGUGGUGUUGGGCUUGAGGGUGGAUGUUUUAGAAAAACACUUUCUCCCCCUCCUCUUCCCACUGCACCUCCCCUCACCUCCUUCUCUCACAUCGCUCAUUCCUCAGGUUGUGAACCAGGGAAAAUUGGUUUCGGAUCAGAUGGCGGAGGUGGUCGAGGGAAAUGAGAGGAUGGGAUGGACCAUGGGCAAUCGAGCGAUCUCUAUCACUCCCAGCCCUGGUGUUGGAGGUUGGUCUCCACUGGGAAUAGAGAUAGAUAAAGAUGAGAGAGAGAGAGAGAGAGAGAGAGAGAGAGAGAGAGAGAGAGAGAGAGAGAGAGAGAGAGAGAGAGAUCAAAGUGAGUGUGGGAGUGAAAGGCCGAAGGGGAAGGAGGGAGAGACAAAUGGUAGGUGA